AUGGUGCAAAUAAAACGAGUUCCGCGAACGCCACGACGACGAUCACAGUCCAGCGCCAUCUUUCGAUACGUUCAAUAUGGCCUUGGCUUUUACUUUGUCUACCUUUGUCUGGCAACCCUCUUGUUUCGUGACGGUACUACAGAAGACGAAGAACCAGCACCAGUCUCCAAAAAUACGAAGGAUCUCAAUACGAACUAUCAACGAAAUCUUGGAACCAGCAAAAGCAAGCAGCAGCAGCAGCAGCGAAACAACAAACCAAUGGAUAUCCACCAAGUCUUGGAAUCGAGCAAGAAAAAUGUGGCGACAUCGGUCAAGGCACGCCAAUCCAAUCAUGCUGGUGAGAAGAAGAGAGAGGGACAUGUAGAUGUAAUCUUGCACGAACCUCUCAUUUCGGGAGAAGCCGCCUAUCUCACUCCUUCCGAGGUGGACGAAAAGAAAUUGGUCCAUAUCAUCCAUACGCGAUUCAUGCAAUAUCAGCCGGAAUUGAAAAUGUUGGGCAUGGCCCGACUCAAACUCUUUGAAACCUUUUGUCUGCCGACCAUGACCAAUCAGCGGAAUCAAGAAUAUUUGUGGAUCAUUCGGACCGAUCCUGAACUGGAUCAGGAUGUCAAGGCAGGAUUGCUAACACUCCUCAAAAAUAUCCAAAACGUCGUCGUGGUCGGCUCCAACGAAAUCCGGAAGGGAUCUGUGGAUAUGGGCUUUCGGAGUACCGACGCCAUUAGUGACAUUACUGAGGAAUCUGUCUUUUUUGGAAAUAUGGAAUUGGUGGAGGCAUAUUACGAGGCUGCCAAGACGAAGACCUUGUUGGAAACCAACCUAGAUGCCGACGAUGGACUUGCGACCAACUUUGUGAAACGAUCCCAAGAAGUCAUUAUGCAUUUGUUCCAGGUGAAUGAUGAGAAACAACGCCGGAAGCAACGACGACAGCAAUCCUCUUGGUUGACUCUGUGUGCCGGUCGACAUGCCGAAUGGCAAUUCUACGUGCCGUGGGAUUUGCAGGAUCAGCAUGGAUCGCUGAAGCAUGGAUCGACUCAUGUUUGCAUCACAGCAGGUUUGACCUGGGCCAGUCAAUACAAGGCCGCUCCACGCUAUACCGAAUCGCACCAUUUGAUCAAGAAGGAAACACCGGCUUGUAAGGAUGAAUUUGAACAAGGCGACGAUCCGACUUCCCCUACCUUUUUGGCACAUGGUCUUCACGAAGACAUGGGAUGUUGGUUGCAGAUCCCGACCUUGGAGCAUACGGAACUUACGGCGAUUCGGGCCCGGACACCAACCUCGACGGGGAUGAGUCGGGUCACUACUGCGGCAUCCAAAUGGACCUUGGAAGACAAAACUACCAACGGGGCUUUGUGGGCCAAAGUCACGGUGGGAGGAACCUUUCGGAUUCGAAACCAUCAAGUGAUCGAGACACACCAAUACCUAGAUGAUAAUCUUCCUGCCAUUGUGGAAGAUAAUCUCAAGGGACAAUGUCAAAAGGACCAUUCAUGUUCCGAAGGAAUCAAGAAAAAGCUCAAAGGCAUUCUCUACAAGGAGGAUGCAACAAGAAGUGAGCAUGGGAUGAUUCACAUUGUUCAAACAGCUAUCGAAACUCCCAUCAGUGUGGAUGUCUGGAGGCAUUUGUGCUUGGAAUCCAUGGAGGUGCAGACGAUUUACGAUUUCUUGUGGAUCAUUCGAAUCAAAGACUUUGAUUCCAAUCCGCUCAUGUCCGAUGCCGUGAAUAAGGUACAAAUGCUCAAGAUUCUGGAGAAAUCAGCCCUAAAUAUCAUUGUUGUGAAAUCAAAUGGAACUCCUUCCAUGGACUUUCGACAAUUGGUAGCUACUGCGGACAUUAACCCCGAAUCUAUCUUGUUUGGAAGCAUGUUCACCGUCGAGAACUUUCACAAGGCCGCACAAAACGCGACACUUUUGGAAACAACCUUGGACCCAACCGAGGCUUUGUCCAAGACCUUCAUCGAAGAUAUGCAAAAGGCGGCAGACGUCCAACAGGAAUAUGGUCAAGAAAACGCCAAAUUUGCUUGGUAUUAUCGCUGCCAAUCAAAGUUCAUUGAAUGGAACUAUUUCCACCCGAGCGAAAAUAAUGAAGAGAAGAUGGGAUAUGCUCGAGCUAACGAUCAGUAUUCGGAUAUGUGCGGCAAUAACCCAGGGACGACUCGAAUCAGUAUGCCAGGAGCUCAAAUUCCUUUCUUUGCCGACGUAUCACAAGCACAAAAGUGUCAAAAGAUGGUGGUUUUGAGAAUUGAAAACGGCUGCUACGUCUCGUUGGAAAGCGAAGAACCGGUCGUUGCCCGAGUUGUCAUUCCAGACUCCAUUGACAAACCAGAACCAAGAAAAUUGACCGAGAGCGAAUUGGAGGAAAUCGACGAAGUGGAUGGUCAUCUUAGCACCGUACUGAGGUACUCCUUCAACAUCCUCCCUUAUUCCAUUGGUAUCAUUCACGAACAUAUCAAGGAUAUUCAGUGCGGUGGCGGCAAUGUAUGCAAUAAUAAAUUGGACAGUGAAUAUGGAGUUGUACAUGUUGUUCAAACUUGGAUCCCCGGCCCUGAUUAUUUUGACAUUUGGCGUCAAUUUUGUUUCGCCAUUGAGGCACAGACAACCAAAAAGUUCUUGUGGAUCAUUCGGAUACCUACCGAGGCAGACAAGAACUUCAUUCACCAAGUGGCGAAGCCAUUGCAUAAAACCCCACUUAAUGUGAUCAUUGCCAAGUCGAGCAGAGCAUCGGAUACAAACUUUCGACAUGGUGAAGCGAUAUCCGAUAUUAACAGUAAGAAUCUCGUUGUGGGCGACCUGGAAACCUUACAGUAUUUCCAUAAUACAGCGCAAGAGAAGCCGUUGAUAGAAACAAAAUUGGAUGCAACAGUGGCAUUGGCGAAGACCUUCGCUGAAGAAGUUCAAAACAUUGUUGCACAUCAAGUUCAGAUGAAGCAGCUAGUUGACAAGGAGAAUGCUUGGUACUACCAAUGUGUUUCACAGUACAUUGAAUGGGAUUACCACAAUCCCCGUGGAGAGGAGAUCCCAAAUGGGUUCUUGAAGAACGUCGAUGUUAGUAUCAACAGUUGUCUUGAACAUCCGGGUCGUACGAGAGUAUCUAUGCCAUCGGCAAAAACAUCACGUGGUUCAUCGGGUACAGAGUGCACUGAAAAGAGGAAGGGUCUCGUCGACGGCUGUUUUGCCGUUGUAUUGAAAAGGUUGAAGGGGGGAUAUCCACAGUAUGCUGCUCGUGUCAUGGUACCAAAGGUGAUACAUGGUGCCGUCAGGAAAUCAGUUGACGACGCGGACAUGGAAAAACUGAGGGCGGAUAAUGGUCUACUGAGAGGACACUUGAAGAACAACUUUGGAGUAUAUCCUGUCAACAUGAAGAAUAUGAGGAAAAAGAUUGAAGAGUAUGGGGUAAAGAAUCAUGGCCUCAGGGGUGCUGGGCAACAGGAAGCAUUGAGUAGUACUGAUUCAUGGAGCAAUAGCCGCGGCAUUGUCCACGUCGUGCACACUCGCCUGUUGCAGCGUCAGCCAACAUUGUUGACGCUUGGUAAAGUUCGCCUGGAUAUAUUCAAGACCCUUUGCCUUACUACGAUGUCUCAACAAACAAACAAGCAAUUCCUUUGGAUCAUACGGACAGAUCCAGAAUUAGACCCUUCCCUGAAGGAAAAUCUCCUUCUAGCACUUGAAGGCAUUACAAAUGUUGUCGUAAUUGCGUCGAGGGAGAAUAGUGAUGGAAUCUACAACGGAGAGUUCCGUGAGCAUCAUGCAAUGAGGGAAUUCAAUGUUGACUCAAUUGUUCACGGAAACCUGACGCUUGUAGAGUCUUUCCAUGAGGCUGCUAAGUCGCACAUUUUGUUGGAAACCAAUAUUGAUUCUGACGAUGGCGUUGCAUUGACGUUUGUGGAAAAUCUUCAAGCAGUGACUCUUGAGUCCUUUGAGCGAGACAGCUUCAAGGUUGGCUGGGUGAACUUGUGUCUUGGUCGUCACUUGGAAUGGCACUUCUACGCACCUUGGCAAAAGAAAUCGGACAAGGGUUGUCUACUGUUGGGGUCAACUAGAAAUUGCGUGAAAUCUGGAUUGAGUUGGGCGGUGAAUGUCAAGGCAAAACCCAAGUUUAUGACAUCUACACACCUGAUCAAGGAGAACAAAGAACAGUGCUCCUUGAAUCGAACUGCUUCUGAACGUCUAAUUCAAGAGUGCUGGGAUGAAAUACCACUUGGAGAUCCUGAAAACGAUGUAACUGCCAUCCGCUCAAUGACUCCUGCUUCUAAUGGAAUUGCUCGGGGUGAAGUGUCAAAGUUCGAUUGGAACAUUGAUGCAUUGAAGUAUGACGGAGAAGCUUGGGAUCUGCUUGAAGCUUACUUUGCUGUGAACACAGAGGAUAUCAAAGAAUCUCGUGCACUGCUUGUUGACAACAUGCAUGAGGUGGUGAUUGAGAAUGAUAGAAGUGCUUGCACGCACGAAAAGACCUGCGAUGGGCACUGGAAAAACAAAUUUCGUCUUGUGCAUGUGAUUCAUGUUUCUGUCUUUGACCCGAACCUUGCGGAUGUCUUCAGGCGAGUUUCGUUGUCUUCUCUGGUCGGACAGACUUCCAGUGAAUUCUUGUUGAUUGCCCGAACUGAAGAUUUCACGGACCAACGAUUGACUGAUACACUCCUCAAGGGCAUUCGAGACAGUGCCAUCGUAGAUCAAGUUCUCUUGGUCAGAUCAAACCGCACACACCUUCUAGAUUUCCGAUCGGAAGAGGCUAUAUCUGACAUUACGGAAGAAAACUUGCUUCAUGGAAGCAUGGCUGUUUUGAAGGACUACCACGAUGCUGCUCAAAAUCGAACGUUACUUGAAACUUAUUUGCAUUCCUUUGAGGGCUUUAAGCGCGAUUAUGUUGAAGAGCUGCAGAAUGCAACAGCCACAAACAUCAUUCAAGAUCGAAUCCAAAGUGGUGCAGGUGGUUGGUAUUAUCAGUGUGUACCUGCAUAUGUUGAAAGGACAUAUUUCUCGCCCACUGGUGAUGAGCAAAAAAAUGGAUAUUACUCAGUUCUUGGCGAUCCGGAUAGUAAAUGCAUGAAGCGACCUGGCGUGACGCGGAUCAGCAAAAUUGGUUCUGAUAUUCCUACCGAUACAAAAAGGUCAUACGCCGAAGAAUGCUCUCCAGAACAUGACUUGGGCGACGGUUGUUUCCUCCCAAGCGUUUCUGAGAUUGUUCCAGCUCUAAGAGUGUUGACUGAUUUGGUCGCAAAGCCAACGCAACUUGAAGAAGACAAAAUCCAAGAGCUCAACAAGCAGCAGUUUGGUAUUUUGAGAGAGCUCCGAGCUGAAUUCAGUGUUUUCCCUCCAACACUGAAAAAUAUGCGGAAAGAGGUGACUGAAAAUGAGCGCCAAAUUGUGCAUGUCAUCCACACGUCCUUGCAUGAUCCAGCAGAGAUCAAUAUUUGGCGGCAUUUCCUAGUUGACUCUCUUCAACUGCAGACUUCAAAGAACUUCCUUUACAUUCUUCGGACGACAAACUUCACCAACCCAAAGGAUAUGUACAACUUGAUGUACCCGCUGAGCACCAAUCACGAAAAGGGUCACAUUGAAGCCAUUGUUGUGGACUCGAACUACAGUCCACUUGCAGAUUUCCGAACUUCUGAGGCAAUUGAAGACAUGACCAAUUCAACGCUUCUUCGUGGCGAAAUGAAUCAGCUCGUAGCCAUUCACAAGGCGGCUGGUGCUCGCACAGUAGUCGAAACAUUCCUCGGACCUGGCGAAGGUGUAGCAAGCUCCUUCGUUGCUGACCUGCAAGAGAGUGUAUUGAGUCAGCUGAAACAGAAUCAAAUGCAAGGAGUGCAGCUGAUACGCGAUCAUGAUUACGGCACGCGCAAGAACUGGUACUACGACUGUAACUCCGAGUUUGUUGAAUGGCACUAUCACACUCCCCGUGCCGAUGACAAUAAAAUUGGGUUCAUGAAGCUCAUCACUGCUGACCACGAGAGCAAUUGUGUUGGCAAACCAGGAACCACAAGAGUAGUGCUACCAGGAUCAUCGGUUCCAGUUUCUUCUGAGAAGAAGAUGUCAUCCAUGUGCCAAGCAGGUCAAUUCAUGGGCGGUUGUUUCAUGCCCGGCAAAAUGCAUGACGAGACAAAGGUCGCCAAGGCGAUUAUUCCAGCUUCAACUCAAAACGCAGUUCCAUUGCAAGCAUCAGAAGCCGCAAUCAAGAAGAUGGAGACACAGGAUAAAAUGCUCGCGAAAAUGCUUGGAGAUUCCUUUAACAUCAGUCCGUACUCCAUCGAGAUCAUGAAGAUGGCAAUACAUGAGCGAGAGUGUAGCACCGAAGGGAUACAGUGCACUGGUCAUUUGGAUUCGCAGUAUGGAGUUGUCCACAUCAUUCAGACAUCUUUGCAAGAUUCAGCUAUGUUCGAUGCAUGGCGAAAGUGGUGCUUUGCUCUCGAGGCACAGACAACGCAUAAGUUUCUGUAUAUUCUUCGUGUUGCUCCUGGUGAUGAAAAGUUGAUGAAGGCAGUUUUGAAGCCUGUCAACAAAACUCCGUUGAACCUCAUCGUCGUGGAGUCAAGUUACACGCCUUCUGUGGAUUUCAGACACCCAGAUGCUGUGUCCGACAUUACCGAGGCCACAGUGAGAAAGGGUAAACUCGAUAUGUUGCAGCAUUAUCAAAAGACUGCUAGAGAGAAGCCACUUCUUGAAACCUUCUUAGAUAUACGCGAUGCUUUGACUCUCACCUUCGUCAAUGAUAUACAAAAGUCAACACCUGAGAUCAUCAGAGAAAACAAAUUGACAGAUGGUCCCAGUGCCUGGUACUACCAAUGCGUUCCAAAAUAUGUGGCAUGGAACUAUUUCACGCCCCGCGGAGAUGAGUCGAAGGGUGGCUUUCUGAGGACGAAAACAAGGGAGGCGGGAGAGUGCUUCAGCCUACCAGGGUCGACGAGAAUCAGUUUGCCCGAAGCAAAGAUACCAACCGUUCCCGGAGGCUCAACAGAAUGCGCGAAGGGGAAAAUCGGAGAUGGCUGCAGCUUGUCUAUUGUGACCAAGAAGGUGCUGGCCGCAAGACUGUAUUUACCUAAAGAAACCGCGCCACCGCCUGAAGAAGGAUUGACGGAAGCCGAUUUUGAGAUGCUUGAAAAGGAUAAUAACAAUCUUGCUAAGAUUCUGAAGGAGGACUUCAACCUUCCUGCCAUGAAUCGCAAUCAAUUGCAAAAGAAGUUCAAGGAGAUUCUCCUGGAGACUGUUUCUAAACAGUGA